GAGAUACGCGUGUGUAACCUUUAUGACGUCAAGGGUUAUACGCGCCCCUCUGAUGAAACGUCACUUCCGCCUGGCCAAACGCGGCGUUGAAGGGAAUUUUGCUGUUUUUAACCUAGAUUAACACGAAUUAUAUCGGCUGAGGCAUUAAAAAGUUACAGCCAGCCACACCAUGCCCAGGGGAGGACGUAAGAAGCGGAAGAUGUCAACUCCUCAAAAAGUAUGGAGCAAAGUAAACUCCAGAAGUCCAAGAAAUGAUGCAGAAGAGAAUGCUGAUGCUGAAGAUCUUGAGUGUUACACAGAACUUGAAGUGGAAGACGUUGGAGAUGAAGCUGAUAGAGUUGUAAAAGAAGAAGAUGAUGAUGAUGAAGUUCAUAGAAUAGAUGCAUCCUGGAUCAAACAAGAGCCUGUGGAUGAAGAGCCUGUGGAUGAGGAGCUGUACAUCCACAGUCAAGAAGAACAUAAUGGUGAUGUUCAUGUGAUGAAAAGAAAACGGAAUGAAGAAGGAGAGGAUGAUCCCAACGCAAAAUACUUCAAAACUGAGCCCGGAGAUGAAUAUGUCCCAGUCAAUUUGCAAGAAUUGAUGAGAAAUAUUGUGAAAACAGAGGAGGAAGACGAUGAGUCUGAUGAUUAUUGGGAGGAGGAUGAAAGUGAUGUUGUACGUGAGGAGGAUAGGGUUCAUAUGCGCCCCCCGAUUCCCUUGCAGAAAUGUGCUAAGUGUGCAAUAAUGUUCACUCCCGGUUCCUCCAAGCUACCGUCCGCGCUGCAGAACUUGUGCAAGAAGUGCAAGCCAAAUGUGAGCAUGUCAUGUAAGAUCUGCGGUAAACACUUCGAGCACCACAAGCUGUACAAGCGUCACAUGCGGGAUUGCGGUAACAACCGCUUUGAGUGUUCGGUCUGCAAGAACAGAUUCCCAACAGAACGGAAACUGAACUAUCAUAAGUGCGUGGAGGAGAACUUCAUGCGUAUGCUGCGCUAUAUUUGCCCCAUAUGCUCAGAGGGAUUUGAAAAGGCCAAAUACAGGAACCAUCACAAGAGUCUGCAUGUCACCGUCAAACCCAUCAAAUGCAAGAGCUGUAAACUCCAGUUUACAAACUUGUCUGCAUAUCAGGAGCACAAUGAUACACAUGAUGUGAGUCGUUCAUUUAUCUGCUCGACCUGUUACGUGAGCUUUGAUACUCGAGCAGAGUUUUUUGCUGACCAACGCAAGCAUAAAGCAACGAAUGGAGACAAGCAUGAAAUAGAACGACCCCCAGAUUUUGCAUACGUGUGUAGAAAAUGCAAGCACUGGUAUGGCGAUUUGACUUCCUUUAGAUCUCACAGUUGCAUUCACCAGAAAGAAUGCUUUAGAGGCGACUUCAGCCAAGCAUCUGUAGUACCUCGUUUGUUGGACUUUAGUGGAGAAGCCAGUGAAAAAAUGAUACAUACCGGUACACGAAUGGAUUUCCGCGUUCUGAAAGAACCACCAAAGCCAUUACAUGUACUCUACCCUGUCAAAGGACCCCUUCUGUUACCCAAACCAAUUCCCCCCGUGGAGGUGACUGUCCCUCCUCCGGUGGAUAAAGAGGGACAGGAUGUUGUGUUAGAUUCUGCUUACACUUGUCAACUCUGUCAGGUGUCUUUCAAAAACUCGCUUGCCUUGGGAUUCCAUUCCUGUCUGGUCCAACACAAUGCCUUUUUGGAUGACGAUGGUGAGGAUGAAGAGGAGGAGAGCGAUGAACCAGGCGACUAUGGGCCUUUCCAAGGUCAAUCAGGAGACGGUGCGAUCCGUAUCAAACUAACGUCUGGUUUGAAGACUCUCAACUUCUCAGACGUGAUGAGUCAAGCCGAGCCCAACCAAGCCACCAACCAAACCAAUCACAUUCCAACCUCGUCUGGGACUAAUGGAAACCAGACCAACUCCAACUUCAAACAAUCCCAUAGGUGCUUGCUAUGCAGUACCGUAGUAAGGCACAACUUUGAACCUAUGCUUGGCAAGGAGUCCGCUAGGUAUUUGUGUCCAAGGUGCAUGAAGAAUGCCGCAAAGGAGAAGAAUUGUGUGUUCAAAUGCAGCAAGUGCGGGCAGACUUUCCCCACAUGGAGUCGGCUACACAUGCACCUACCCUGGCACAAGGAGAAAACAGGUGAAGAAGGUGUCUUCAAGGAACCACAUCUCGCUUGCAAGUACCUACCACCAAGACAAGAGGAGGCAAGCAUCCCAUCUUCAUCCAAACAUUCCCCAAGUGUCUCAGAGGUUGUCUCUGAACCUGGUUCAGUGAGGACAGAACACACUGUGGCUGCACGUCGACAGCCACAGGAGUCUGUGCCUGCUAAUGUAACCAAUUCGGAUAUCACGUUGCUGUCUGCAUUACUGAAAGAACCGGUGAACCCUCUUCGGAGCCAGAACAAGACUACCUCUAAUGAUACAGAAGCUGCACAUCAAGAGGUCAAAAGUCGGUUGAGAAAGAAGUUAGCUGAUAAAAGUAUACAUGUUAGAAUAGCACCAAAAUUACCAACUGCCAAUUCACUUGUUGGGAACCAGCUUGUUAUCAAUGCACCUCUUAUUUCUCCCAAAAACCUUGGUGGUGGUACAGUCUCCAAUCAAGAUGAUUCAUUGUUUUCACAAAUCACCCGAGGGAUGUUUCCCCCAGUUGUUGACAGUACAUCUAAAGAUCUGGCCAAGAAUGAGAAGGAACCGUCGGCAGACCCUGAGAACAGCCUAAACGUCCAAGAAUACAGGCACCAAGGCAUGCGUGUGAAAAUAACCAAAGAUGGUCCCCGAAAGACUGUUCAACUCUUGCCUGAUGAGCCUCAAGUACAUGUACAACCUAAGACAGCGACAGGAGCCCUCUUGUCACCGGGUCAAUCAGCUGUGUCCACAUCUAUCCCAGUGGGACCAUUGCAUGUGUCACUGCACCUUUAGCAACUGGUAACACCACAGUGCCUUUGGCUUUUGGAGGGAACAGUCUCAAGAAAACCAAUCUUGAUGGCAGUUCAUCAUCAUUGACAAGCCUUAGUACUGUGUAUCCCAAGCCUCCAGUCAUUUCAUCUGUCAAGCAGAUAGAACAUUCCUCUCUUAAUUUAAAUAUC